AUGCAUACUUGCGUUAGGAUAGAGGAAAGUGCAACCAAGAAGGGGAAAAGAGGCACACCAAGCUUGGUCGCAUCUGUGCUGCAAGCUGAUUAUCCAGGAAAAUACAAGACUCCAACACCAAAGGAUCUCAUAGAUUUGGUUGAGAACAAAUUGGGUGUUAGGAUUUCAUAUGCUACGGCUUGGAGAGGAAAAUACAAAGCUAUCAACGAUCUGCGUGGGAACCCAACAGAGAGCUUUGCUAGACUGCCGUCUUACUUGUACAUGUUGGAAAGGUUGAAUCCUCGUACUGUCACCCGCUUAGUAGUGGAUGAGAAGAACCAGUUUAAGUAUGUGUUCUUCGCGCUCGGAGCUUGCAUUGAAGGGUUUAAUUCCAUGCGGAAAGUGAUAAUUAUGGAUGGAACUCAUCUGAAGGGUGUGUAUAAAGGAGUGCUUCUUAUUGCCACUGCUCAAGAUCCAGAUCAUCAUCAUUAUCCUCUCGCUUUUGCUGUAGUAGAUGGUGAAAAAAAUGCAAGUUGGAGUUGGUUUUUGACUACAUUGAAAACCUUGAUACCAGAUGAUCCCCAACUUGUAUUCUGCACUGAUAGAAACCAAAGCAUCAUCAAGACAGUACACGAGGUCUACCCACUGGCGAUCCAUGGAUAUUGCAUAUAUCACUUGGCUAAUAAUGUGAAAGGAGCAUGCAGCCAUGUUAGGAAAGAUGUGGUUGCACAUGAGUUCAAAAAAAUUGCUGGUAUUUACACAGAAAAAGAGUUUAGAAGAAAAUAUAUUGAUUUCAGAAGAAGGUAUCCUCAGGCCGCUGAGUAUCUGGAUGAGAGUGUGCAUGAGAGCAAAUGGGCAAGAUGUCAAUUUCCAGGAGCAAGGUACAACAUAGAUACAACCAACACUGCUGAAUCUAUGAAUGGUGUUUUCAAGGAACAAAGGAAUUAUGCACUGCUGCCAAUGAUUGAUGAGAUCGUGGGGAAGAUUAUAGAAUGGUUUAAUAGAUACCGACAAAUUUCUAUAGGGGUUCCACAGAGGCAGCUACUUGUCCCACGUGUGCAUGUUGAAUUGCAUGAGAACUGUCCGAUUGCAAGAACACUUCACGUGGAGGUGCUAAACACAUUUGAACGUCAGUACAAUGUUACUGGUACGGAUGGGAAAGGUUAUUUGGUUGAUUUGAUCAACAAAACAUGUCACUGUCGGCAUUUUGAAAUUGACCGGUAUCCUUGUGUGCAUGCUUGCUGCGAUCAUGAAUGGACAUUGGCAUAUUGUAGGACAAUAUAUCCAGUGCCUCAUCAUUCAUCCUGGCAAGUUCCUGAGGAAAUACAAUCUCAGGUUGUGUUCCCGCCGUAUGUGGAGAAAAAAAAAGGAAGAUUACAAACUACUAGAUUCCCAUCUGCGGGAGAAUAUCGGAGGAAGAGAAAGAAAAAGUAUGCACCAUUCUCGGAGUGGCUUGGUGACAGCAGUGACAAAGAUGACAACGACAACGAUGACAUCGAUUACGAAGAAAGCAGCAAUGAGGGAAGUGACAGCGAGGAAAGUGGCAGCGAAGGAAGUGGUGACGAGGGAGGUGACAACGAAGGAAAUGAUGAAUGA